AGAUAGAGAUGUAACUACACUCUCUCUCUCUCUCUCUCACCCACACGCAGAAAGUGUGACGACGAUUGCAAUUUUUUCUUUGCGCAUCCUCUUUCUCACUCCAUUUGCAGUCUAUCUUCAUCUGUGAUCUCUCUCUCUCUAAACUUCUCUUUCAAUCUCUUGCUUUUGCUUCUAUCUUCCAUUAGCUUUCUUCUUUCUGCUUUUCACCUUCAUUGACGAUUUGACUCUCUCUCUUUUUUUCUUUUUUUUUUUUGCAUUGGUUUUGUCUUAGUUCCAUUGCACUCGCUAAGCAAAAAACCCCCCGAGAGGAUCUCUCUCUCUUUUCUUUUCUCUCUAACACAUUUGUUUUACACCCAUUUGGAUUUGGUAGCUAAAGAAGAGUUUUUAGCCAUGGAAGCUCCGAAACCAGAAGAGAUAAGCCAUCCACCAAUGGACCAACUUCAAGGUCUAGAGUACUGUAUUGACUCAAAUCCAUCAUGGGGGGAGGCAAUAGCUCUGGGUUUCCAGCACUACAUUUUGGCCUUAGGAACCGCGGUUAUGAUUCCAUCAUUCCUUGUUCCAUUGAUGGGUGGCAAUGAUGAUGAUAAAGUGAGGGUGGUUCAGACUCUACUUUUUGUUGAAGGUAUUAAUACACUUCUGCAGACAUUAUUUGGAACCCGGCUGCCAACCGUGAUCGGAGGGUCUUAUGCAUUCAUGGUCCCCAUCAUUUCCAUAAUCCACGAUAAGUCCUUGAUGAGCAUUGACGAUCCUCAUCAGAGAUUUCUUAACACCAUGAGAGCAGUCCAAGGUGCUCUAAUAGUAGCAUCAAGCAUACAAAUUAUUUUGGGAUUUAGUCAGAUGUGGGCCAUCUGCUCCAGGUUUUUUAGCCCUCUUGGAAUGGCUCCGGUGAUUGCGCUGGUUGGUUUUGGCAUGUUUGAUAGAGGCUUCCCUGUGGUUGGUCGGUGUGUUGAGAUCGGCGUUCCCAUGCUUAUUCUAUUUAUAAUCUUCUCCCAGUACUUGAAAAAUUUUCAAGUAAGGCAACUGCCAAUUAUAGAGCGGUUUGCUCUCCUGAUAUCAAUCACUGUGAUAUGGGCAUACGCACACCUCUUGACAGCCAGUGGCGCAUACAGACAUCGACCAGAAUUAACCAAAGUUAACUGCAGAACUGACCAGGCCAAUCUCAUUUCUUCUGCUCCAUGGAUAAAGAUCCCAUACCCUCUUCAAUGGGGUGCUCCUACCUUUGACGCUGGUCAUUCUUUUGGAAUGAUGGCUGCCGCUCUAGUUUCAUUGAUUGAGUCAACUGGUGCUUACAAGGCUGCAUCGCGUCUAGCAAGCGCUACACCACCACCAGCUCAUAUUCUUAGCCGUGGUAUUGGAUGGCAGGGACUUGGGAUUCUGCUGAGUGGACUCUUUGGAACAUUGACUGGCUCAACAGUCUCUGUAGAAAAUGUAGGGCUUCUGGGAAGCACUCGAGUUGGAAGCCGCAGGGUUAUCCAAAUCUCGGCUGGUUUUAUGAUAUUCUUCUCUAUGUUAGGAAAAUUUGGAGCUUUGUUUGCAUCAAUACCCUUCACCAUAUUUGGAGCAGUAUAUUGUGUUUUGUUUGGUCUUGUUGCUUCGGUGGGGCUGUCAUUUUUGCAGUUCACAAACAUGAAUUCGAUGAGGAACCUCUUUAUCACGGGUGUUUCCUUCUUCUUAGGUUUGUCCAUACCUGAGUAUUUUAGGGAAUAUACAGGCAAGGCUCUUCAUGGUCCUGCACAUACCAGUGCUGGAUGGUUCGAUGAUUUCCUUAAUACAAUCUUCUUCUCAUCCUCGACUGUUGCAUUGAUAGUCGCAAUUUUCUUGGACAACACUCUCGACUACAAGAACAGUGCCAGAGACAGGGGAAUGCCAUGGUGGGUUAAAUUUAGGAACUUUAAGGGGGACAGCCGUAAUGAGGAGUUCUACACCCUCCCUUUCAAUCUCGACCGUUUCUUCCCUCCGUCUUGAAGAAGUGGUUGUAGUGCUCAUUAUUAAGAAAGAAGGAUGUUAAGAGGAAAAGCAUCAUUUCCUGAUAAGAAUUACAUGAUGAUCACGAUUUCAGUGAAAGAAGGGAGGGGGGUGGGGGGGGGUGGUGUGCAACAAAAAGAUCCAUGUGUUCUGAAUGUUUGCUUUCCCUUCCCUCUUUUUCAUUGCUUCAAAGUGUAGUUCUGACUCGGAUUAUUUCGAUAUGAAAGUCACCUAAUUUUUGGUGUA